UAAAUCAUUGGAAUACAUAGUUCAUUCGGCUUGUUAACGUCUUUGCCAGUCUUUGUCUUUCUCACUAAACAAACUCGUUGCCUUUGGUUUUGCACGUCCAAAAUGCACCCCAAGCCCCCUCCAAAUAUAAGUUUAGCGCCCUCUUUUGUUGAAUGAAGGUUUAUCAUAAUGGCAGCUUCCAUGUGAUCCCGGUACACUGUGUUCACAUGGACAUGAUCUUCGCAUGCUUAGCUGUCGACGAUGACGUUAUUCCAGAGAAUAUGUCAAACAGGCAUCAUCCUCACACGAUGGCUCCCUCCCCUAUCUUCACAACUCCUCAUACAUCGAGGAUACCGACCAGAAGUUCUAAAGCGUGCAAUAGAGAAAAACAAGCAAAAGAAAAAGCCACUGUAUCGAGUAAUUGAUGAGAUGUUUGACUUGGAACCUGCUGUUGAGCAACCCCCACGGUUUGAAAUUCCUGUUACCCAUCCCAAGUACUCAAACAGAGUAUCAGUAGGACCUGACAAUCCUCAUCAACAUGAUCAAGUUGCCUACAUAUUCACCCACGAUAUCUACUUACAAGAAGGAGUAAAGCAAGCGCUUUGGCUGACAAAAAGCAAGCUCAUGGGAAAUGGACAGAUGCCAAACCAGAUUCAGGACAUUUCUGCCUCUGUGGAGUUCCAUGACAUAGAACAGAAACUAGAAGAUUCAGUAAGACAGUGCAGACAGUAUGAUACCACCAAUAGGAUUAUCCCCAUGAAAAGAUUCAGUUUUACACAGACCAUGGCACUGAUACGACUUUGUAGUUUACUUGGCACACAGUAUCCUACGCUUCUCAGCAGAGCCCAAGCCAUGAAUUAUUACGUUGGUGCCAGCUGGACAAGAGAAAAUAACAUCCUUCAAGUGAGAGGUCGACCAGGAAUGUUGCUGACAUGCAAAGACCCUCUCCUACCAUUAGCCGGGUUAGAUGAGAUCCAAGGAACCAAGGCUCAUACAUUGGAAACAUUCUUCCCCUUGGCUCCAACAAUUGAUCUUAGGACUUACUAUGUGUAUAAGGAAAACUACAACUUCCCAGGGUUCCAUGAUGGUUAUGCAUUCCCACAUGCACACACCUUGUUCCUGUAUGGAAACUAUAAUGUGCUACAAUCAGAAAAGAUCAAUGCAAGAGGAAUCAUGUUUGCCUUUGCCAAUGCGCUGAGUAGAGCCAGGUUACAUCAUGGGAUUGAAGAGAUGGAUCUCCCCACUCCAUUUGUCACCCAGUGUGUUGUCACCAAUGGAGUCCUCUAUUCCUAUAUUCAUGUCCAGCUCAACACGUUGCAAUUAGAAUCCAGUGAUGGCAUCAAGAACAUGGUGUGGUUAGAUGCCAACAACGCUCUCUAUCAAGACAUGUACCCUCCACAUAUAAAGAUAAGACGUACAAAGGGAAGUCGCAAGACACAGAGAGGUUACUAUCGUCCUUUACUUCGCCGAGACCCGGAACUAGGUUGCAGGGAGUUAGAUGUGAAUGUCUUCAAGAAAUUUCUUGGAUGCAAUCUUAAUGGAGCAGUAAAGUAGCACCCAAAUAAUCAAUAUCAAUUUCUUCAGCAUUUGCUUUGGAAUAUGUUCUUACCUAUUUGUUGUCAAUGGAUCUACAUAUACAGUAAACUAAGUUGUCAUUACGUAACUCAUAUCAUGUAAGUCAGCCUUUUGAUAAAAGUCCUAAUCGUCUGUAAUGUAUUUGCAUUGAAAAUUUCAUUUCUAAGUCAACAUUUAUAAGUCUUCAUUUCGUAUAAGUCGGCAUGUUUCUCUCAGUCCCUUUCCACAAAACCACAAAAAUUCCUUUGUGUAAGUCGGCAUUAAAAAAAAAGGUGCUUCGAUAUCAGUUUCCUUCAC